AACACCUCUCGAGCGACCACGUCUACACCCCGGAGAAUGAGGCUGCUGUGCACAUGAGGCAGAAAUCUGAACAAGCUAACGCAACGAAAGAGCAACAGGACAAAGAUCAACACAUACGACUUCACGGAUCUUUGCUUGUCUUUGGACACGGUUCUCUCGAUGCAACAUUCUUGAUCUCGGUGCAUAAAGUAACCGGAUAGUGGGCAUGUAGGGUGAAUGCGAUUCAACAAUAAUCGAUAACUGUUAUUGUUUACAUUUUGAUAACCUUGCGCAAUCUCUCCUUUCCUUCGAGAAGUUACAGUUAGCGCCGCUUUUAAUCACUUACGAGUUUUAUUUUCCAAAGCGUUAUGUUUCGACAGUUACAAAGAUCCGCCAAUCUUUAUUAAGAGUUAUAAAGGUGUUUUUAACAAAAGGACCGAUCGGCUGAAGAAUGACGUGGAGAGGUUUAACAGAGCUGCUGCUCAUCUGUCUGUGCGCGCACACGGCGUCGUCAAACGUCAAACCCGAGGCAUGGCUACAGCAGUACGGUUACCUUCCACCUGGUGACCUGCGCACCCACACCGCCCGCUCCCCUCACUCCGUCUCAUCUGCCAUUGGUGCCAUGCAGAGAUUUUACGGCCUGCAAGUCACUGGCCGUCUGGAUCAUAACACUCUAGAGGCCAUGAAGAAGCCCCGCUGUGGCGUUCCAGACAAGUUCGGAGCAGAACUAAAGAGCAACCUGAGAAAGAAGCGCUACGCCAUCCAAGGACUGAAGUGGGAUAAGAAUGAGAUCACAUUCUGCAUACAGAAUUACACGCCGAAGGUUGGGGAAUAUCAGACGUUCGAGGCCAUCAGAAAUGCCUUUAAAGUAUGGGAGAGGGUUACGCCUCUACGAUUCCGAGAGAUCCCGUACAGCCACAUCAGAGACAAAGUCGAAGACUUUGCAGAUAUCAUGCUCUUCUUUGCUGAUGGUUUUCAUGGUGAUGCUAGUCCGUUCGACGGCGAAGGAGGAUUCUUGGCUCACGCCUACUUUCCAGGCAAUGGAAUUGGAGGGGACACGCACUUCGAUGCAGCGGAGCCAUGGACCAUUGGAAACAGUGACUUGUUGGGUAAUGACGUGUUCCUGGUGUCUGUCCAUGAACUGGGUCACGCUCUGGGCUUGGAGCAUUCCAAUGACCCCUCCGCCAUCAUGGCUCCCUUUUACCAGUGGAUGGACACCGAGAACUUUGAACUUCCGGAAGAUGACCGCAAAGGCAUCCAUCAGCUUUAUGGACCAAACACCGGAAGCCCUCCACGACCACCGGUGAGCCCCCACACGCCAUAUGACGAACCGUACCCUACACCAGAUAGACCAGAAAAACCUACCUUUGGUCCGGAUAUCUGUGAGGGCAAUUUUGACUCCAUUGCCAUCUUCAGGGGAGAAAUGUUUGUGUUUAAGGAUAAGUGGUUCUGGCGUGUCCGACAUCAGCGGGUGUUGGAAAAUUACCCCAUGCCAAUUGGACAUUUUUUUAGAGGUCUGCCUACAACUAUCAAUACUGCUUAUGAAAGAGAAGACGGGAAAUUUGUCUUCUUUAAAGGUGACAGGCAUUGGGUGUUUACCGAGUCAAACUUGGAGUCAGGUUACCCGAAGACCCUGAGGGAGAUGGGCAAUGGUCUUCCAAGUGACAGACUUGAUGCAGCUCUCCUGUAUACCCCUACUGGCAACACCUACUACUUCAGAGGAAACAAAUAUUAUCGUUACAAUGAAGACACACGGUCGGUGGACCAAGACUAUCCCAAACCUAUCAGUACAUGGCAAGGAGUUCCUGACAACAUAAAGGCUGCCAUCAUGAGUUCAGAUCAAAGUUAUACCUACUUCUACAAGGAAAACAAGUACUGGAAGUUCAAUAAUCAGUUAUUAAGAGUCGAGCCUGGAUAUCCCAAGUCUGCCCUUAAGGAUUGGAUGGGCUGCCCUAAUGAGGAGCCUAGAACAGGUGGAGGAGGUGGAGGAGGAAGUGACCGCGACCGCGAACGUGAGCGUGAUCGCGAGCGAGAACGCGAGCGUGAACGUGAACGCGAGCGAGAACGUGAGCGUGGACGCAAGGAGGACGGAACUGAUGAAGAGGGAAAAAAAGAAGAGACAGAAGUGAUCAUAAUUGAGGUGGAAGAUGCACCCAGCAGCGGUGGAGGCGCGGCGGCCGUGGUUGUACCACUCAUGUUGUUGGUGUGCGUGAUCUUUACGCUUGGAGCGCUUCUGUUCUUCCGCAGAUACGGCACGCCCAGACGCUUGCUAUACUGCAAACGCUCCCUACUGGACAAGGUUUGAGGAGAAGACGGAAUCAGAGAGGAGAGGAAAAGAUUGAGAAUGUGGAAAAGGGGACAUGUUGGCGAAGCAGUGCAAAAACGAGAAACCAAAGUCUUAAAGGGUUCCUUUUUGUUCACUUUAGAAAUGAUGCCACUCAGACCGAUCUCUGCCAUGUUUUUAUCUUGUAAUUAAGUGGUCUUAAAGUUUUCCUUUCACACCUGUGCCGAACUCUUCCCGCACGCUGUAGAAAGACAGGGUAUGUCACGGUCAUCUGCCCCCUCUUCUCUAAUCUUCUUUCUCUUCCGGUGUAGCCAGUGACGCCAGCUCAUCGCUGUUUGUUUAGCCAUUUGUAAAUGUCAUUUUUUUUAAGUUGUGAUCGUUGAUCGUGUAUGUCUGACUCAUUGUGAAUUUUUUUACCAUUUCUCUAGAAAGCAAUGCUCAGUUUUCAUUGAGAUUCAUUCUGCUUGUUGUCACAAAUUGGAGCAGUCUCCAUAACACAAUAAGUACCAAAUGAAUCAUGGUACAGUGUGACCAUGCUGUUUUUAAAUGUGGUUCCAGGGUACAGGGAAAUAUCAGGGAAUUUUACAGUUGUUAUUUCCAGGAUUGCAAUGAAUCAUAUAAUGAAUACUACUUUCGAAAAACUUUGCGUAAGAAUUUUUUAUGGAAAUGCAUGGGUCAAAAGCUUAUAAAUACACAUAAAUACAUGACUAUGGUAACCAUUUAGCAACAUGCACCAUGUACCAUCUGAGACCACGCUAUUCACUGUACCAUGAUACUGCCAUUGUACUUUUUUGUUAGGACCUCCAUCUCCACAAAUGUUCACAUUUUGGCUUCUUAAAGGUCACUCUGCACACUAAAACCACACAGGGCUGCAGUCCCUGCAACUCAGGUUUGGUAACAAAAGUCCAUUCCAAAUAUAACUGAUCCCACUAACAGCCUUUAGAAGCCUGCAUAGGCCGAGCUGUCUGUCUGUGUCCUUGAGUAUGGCUUUAUAUUGUACUGUAUUAAUUUCUAAUAUUGAAAGUGAUGAUGUCAUUGUCAUUAUGACUAUUACUAUUGUUAUUGUUCUCCAUGUCAAGAAUGUGUCUUUUUUUUAAUCGAUCAAUUCUCAUUAAAAACGUCCUGCUGGACAGGCAAUAAUGUAUGUCUUAUGAAGUGGCCUUAAUCCGGGGAAAGUGAAUGGGUGGGUUUGUAUUUUUCAAGUGAAAUAAAUUUGAAGAAUGACAUGUUCACUGCUUGUGUUUACAGUUAUUUUAAACUUGUGGUGCUUUUUGUUCAAUUGGAAAAUAAGGUGAAAAAACGACAACAACAAUAAUAAUAAUUGAGUGAUGAUGAACAUUAUCUAGAAAUAAAUUGUGCUUGUUUUUAAAACCCUUAUAAUGUUUAAAUCAGAAAUAAAGUAUUCUGUAAGUUUU